CACCCUAUUCUCAGGACUCUCAAACCCAAAUGGUGAUGGAGGAGAUGACCGGAAACAAAUUAAAAGGAAAAAGAUUUUUAACUACACGAAGCCGGUAGCUGGACGGGGAUAUAUAAACCCCGCACAGAGGCACCAGGACAGACCGGUCCGACCUCACACACUCUGCAGACCAGACCAACCCCAUCACAGAAGAAGAAGAAAGCCUCCCGGACAAGCCUACAGAGACAGAGAGAGAGGACCUGCAUUCUACAAGCAAGAGUAUUCCAAAGUACCCCAGCCGCUGUCAUGCGUUGCUCACUGGUCGUGGCGGUGGCGUUGUGCGCGCUCCUGUGCAGCGCGAGCCCGGCGGGGGCCCAGGUGAAGGCGGUGAAGCUGUGCGGUCGAGAGUUCCUGAGGGCCGUGGUGUACACCUGCGGGGGGUCCCGGUGGAGACGCCUGCUCCAAGAGCCCGAGUCUCAAACGGAAGGAGACCAGGACAGCUUGGAAGGCGUGGGACGUAACGUGGUCACAGAGCUGACCCGGCGGGACAUGAAUAACAUACUGACCACCGUGUGCUGCCAGGUGGGCUGUGGGAAGAGUGACCUUCGCUUCCUCUGCUGAGGCCCCACCCUCUCUCUCUCUCUCUCUCUCUCUCUCUCUCUCUCUCUCUCUCUCUCUCUCUCUCUCUCUCUCUCUCUCUCUCUCUCUCUCUCUCUCUCUCUCUCUCUCUCUCUCUCUCUCUCUCUCUCUCUCUCCCUCCCUCCCUCCCUCUCUCUAUCUCUCCUUCUCGCUCUCUUUCUCCGAGUAACCAUGAUGAUCCCAUUCCACAAACUGAAGAUCCUAAAACGAUUAUAGGCCUAUAGAGAAAAUGUGCACGGCUUUAAUAUUUAUUUUUAUCAGAACUUAUAUUUCAGAUAAAGAUGUAGUUUUUUGUUAAACUUUUAGUUCAUGUGGACUUGAAAUGUGACUGAUGUGUGACUAGGGGAUCACUGGUUGUGAACAGUUUUGCCGUUGGGUUGGCUAACAACUUGAAGCAAAUCAGUAGAAAAUAAGCCCAGUGCAUUUUCUAUAUCUAUUUUGAAUGUGUUUAUAAUAUGUGAAAUAUUGUAUCAUUUUGCCACUUUUGUGGAAUAAAGUUUCUCGCAUAUUU